AUGACAAAUACCGUUGUUGUUAUCGGUGCUGGUGUAAUUGGUCUCACUUCAGCGUUGUUGCUGGCCAAGGAGGGUAACAAAGUCACUGUUGUUGGGAAACAUAUGCCCGGUGACUAUGACGCCGAGUAUGCCUCGCCGUGGGCCGGAGCCAAUGUCAUUCCCUUAUCGCCUAAAGACGCAAGUCGAUGGGAACGACGAACAUGGAUCGCUCUGAAGAAACUUGUCGAGGAAACACCUGAAGCAGGCGUUCAUUUCCAGACAACACACGUCCUUCGUCGGAAUAAAGACACAGAGUCCGCCAAAUCAGGCUUCUCAGCCCAUUUCUACGCCGACAACCCAUGGUUCAAAGAAAUCUUCAACGACUUCCGAAACAACCAUCCUUCCGAAGUCGCAACCGGCUACGACUCUGGUUUCCAAUACCAAGGAGUUUGCAUCAACACCGCCAUCUACCUCCCCUGGCUUCUCGGCCAAUGCCUCAAAUACGGCGUCGUCGUAAAGCGCGCAGUUCUCACUCACAUCAAUGAAGCCAAGUAUCUCAGCCACACUGGUCAAAAGGCUAACAUCAUCGUCAACGCCACUGGUCUUGGAUCUCUUAAGCUCGGAGGCGUGCAAGACACAACCGUCGCACCAGCACGAGGUCAAAUCAUCCUCGUUCGUAACGAAACACCCAAGAACCUACCGCUCUUUAUGUGUUCUAGCGCCCUUGAUGAAAGCGGUGAGGAGAUCUAUGCUAUGCAGAGAGCGGCUGGCGGUGGUACGGUUAUUGGCGGGACGUAUCAGAUUGGGAAUUGGGAUCCACAGCCUGAUCCGAAUACCGCGAAUAGAAUCAUGCAGAGAAUUGUUGAUCUUUGUCCAGACAUUGCUGGUGGGAAGGGAAUUACUGGUUUGAGUAUUAUCCGGCAUGGUGUUGGGUUUAGACCUUACAGAAAGGGGGGGCUAAGGCUGGAGGAGGAGAAGCUGGAUGAUGAGACUUGGGUUAUUCAUAACUAUGGGCAUUCGGGAUGGGGGUAUAUGGGGUCUUAUGGGUGUGCUGAGGGGGUGGUUGAGCUUGUUGACAAGGUCACUGAUAAGACUCGGGCGAAGCUGUGA